UUUAUUUUUAUUUCCACCGCACUUCGUCGUCUCAUCGCACGUUCUUGUUAUGUCGCACUUCUUCUUCUCCCUCUAACAAUGGCGGGGGAGGAAAUGAGGCCACGAGCACUAAACUAAACCCCGCUCCCUUUGCACACACUUCACCACUCGUCUCGAAGCGUUUCGAUAAAACAAAGAUUGUGUGUUUUUUGUAUCUGUGUAUCGACCUUGACGCACGAAUUAAUAGGUUAUGUAAAAAAAAAGAGGCGUCAAGUGCGCAGAUAGAUGAGUGAGGGAGAUUCAAACAUGGAUGCCGGGGAAAGGGGGCGGGGCCUACGAGCGCAGGAGCUUUGAUCAGACAUGGCGGCGUUUCUUUACCCCGUUUUAAACGUGAUUGAUACGUGUGUUCAUGGGGGCGACUUUAGAGGUGAUGGUAGCGUUGUAAAAAAUACUUUAAUCCACUAAACACGGUCCGUGUCGUCCAUGUUUCAUUCCCCCUCCUCUGAAUACUCUGCUCACGGAAGGCGGGAGAAACGGUCCGUAGUCGCUGCGCGACUCGACCAGAUGAACAUCAAUCAAUCAAACUGUGACAGUUAACGUCAACCGAGAGCCGCCUCUUCGAUACAACCGAAAGCCGCCUCUUCGAUACAACCGAGAGCGUAGCUCAGUGUGAACUUAAGGUUUCACGGUGUUUUAAAAACAGGGAAUUUUAACGGUUUAAUCGAUGUGUUUUUGUUGCUUUUAUUGUUGUUUUAGUAGAGAAAGGACAGUUGCAGAGGCUGACGGGAGUUAAGAGGGGGAAAGGGGGCGUGGUCUGUCUUGUUUUUUUUUAAUCCAUUGUUCCACUCCAACGCGCUGAGGAGAACACCUCUGUGGAGCCGUCAGCCAAUCAGCUGCCGCCGUCCUCCCGCCUUAGCUCCGCCCACCAGCCUAUAUUAAAGGCUCGGCCGUCAGCAGCGCUGGCCACUGGCACAAUAUAACACUGAUUGAUCCACCAAAAACACACCGAGGAGAGGAUUUACUUUCUUCAACCCUUUCAUUUUCAAGCCGUCCUUUAUUUUAUUGAACUAAAAACAAACAAACAAACAAUGGCAGACACAAAAGUUGACUCCGGCUCGGACCUCACUGCCAAGGAACUGAAAGAGAAGAAGCUGGUGGAGGAGAAGGAGAACGGCAAAGAUACCGCCACCAACGGGAAGGAGACUGAGAACGGGGAGCCCGAGGUAGAUGAUGAUGAAGAUGAUGAGGAAGUGGACGAGGAGGACGAGGAAGAUGAUGUAGAAGGUGAGGAGGAAGACGACGAUGACGAUGAUGAGAUCGAGGGCGGCACAAAACGGGCAGCUGAGGAUGACGAGGACGACGAAGAGGACGACGUCGAAACCAAGAAGCAGAAAACCGAUGAUGAUGAUUGAUGCGUUUCCCCCCUGACCCCCCCCAUCCUGCUGAACUACUUUCUGGUUCUCCACCUGUGAAGGUUUUCAUGUGUCCCGGGUGGAGGAGCUGGAGGACUGAUUUAAAAGGAGAAAAAAAAAAAAUAAUAAUAAUUAAAAAAAAUGUAAGAAAAUCCAACAUGGUCGUUAGUAGAGUUCAACAAACACUCGAUCUCCCUCAAAACAGCAAAAACUAAUUUUCUAGAGGAACACGUCGACGCAGAAAUCCGGCUUUUCUUCAACAACAACAACAACAAAGGAGAAUCUGUUUGUAUUUUUAUUUACAUUUUAUAUUUUUGUACAUAUUGUUAGGAGGGGUCCGUUUCUCUCUCGGCAGCGAUCUCGUCAGACCAAAUCGGUGCUUCUUUAAUGAGAGAUUUUACUUGGUUGACCAUGUUAACGAUAUCUCGACAGAAACUAGCAAAUCAAACAAAACACAGUUUUCAAACAAAAGAAACAUGAAAGUAAAAAGCUGUUAAAGCCGUUGAACUCAGAGCAUUCCAGUAAGUUUAAUGUAUGUACGUUAGCUGUACCAUAACUAGUUUGUUUGUAUGGGAGGGCCAAAGAAAAGAGCCUCUUUUCUCUUUGCUUUUUCUUUUCUUCUUUCUUUCACGACAGCCUGUUUUCAUGUAUGUGCGAAGUUUGAUGUUUGACAAUAAACCAGACUUUUAUUUUGUGAGUUGUA